AUGGAUGAUGUGUGGACGGUAAUUAAUUCUUUAUACAUGAUUUACUGUACGUCGUUGCUUCCAUUGGCUAUAAUUGGAAUUGCAUUAUUUUAUUCAGGGUUGACUCAACGGAGAUCGUCUUUGACCAUGCUUGCGCUUCCGGUUUUUCUCACACCGUUUGUAUUGAUAGAGUGGUUCAUUUGGGGAUAUUCGUUGUGCUAUUCCAGCUCUUCCAACCGUUUCAUAGGGGACUUGAAUUAUGCCGUUUUACGGCAUAUGAGAGAUUCAGUGACAAAUAAUUAUACCACACCUAGAGGUGAUAUAUGGCUGAUGAAUCAUUUUUUGUUUAAUGGGUUUAUGAAGAUUAUAUGCGUGUGUUUGACGUUUCCUGGGUGUGUUGCAGAAAGGGGAAGAAUACUACCCAUGAUCGUUUUCUUAUUCUUUUGGUCAGUCAUCAUAUAUAAUCCAGUGACGUAUUGGUUUUGGAAUAGAGAAGGAUGGUUAUCGGUAGAAUUGAAUAAUCUUCCAGUAUUGGAUUUUGCUGGUGGUAAUUGCAUCCAUAUUGUUAGUGGAUUUACGGCAUUAGCAUAUUCUUAUAUUUUAGGACCAAGGAAUCCAAAGAUUCUUUAUGAUUAUCGUAGUGCUAACACUGGUCAUAUUAUCAUUGGUACAUUUUUCAUGAUAUGUGGCUGGUGUGGAUUUGUGGCAGGGUGUGAUUAUAAGUUUACAAUUGAAUCUUUAUACAUUAUCAUGAAUGUUUUAUUAUGCGCUUCAACAAGCGGAAUAAUCUGGAUGCUUAUUGAUUACUACUUUUCAGCAAUCCCAUUGGAAGGUGCACCUAUAGAAAGCACUCUUUCAAAUCAUAAAGAUAAGAUUCAUGUAUUGAGAAGGUCAUCUACAAAUAUUAGGACAGCUCCAUCAGUAACUGGAGUUUCAAUAAACCAGCAUUAUCAUGAUACCAAAUCCAACUUUGUUCAACGUAGAAAGAUAUCGAUUAUAUCAUUUUCUUCGGGUAUUGUUACAGGAUUAGCGGUGAUAACCCCAGGGGGAGGAUACGUUUCGUCUCCUACUGAGUUCUGGAAGAGUUUUGUGUUUGGAGUACUUGGUGGAAUAGUUGUUAAUUUAUCGACACGACUUAAGUAUUUUGUACAAAUUGAUGACGCAUUAGAUAUUUUUGCCAUUCAUGGCGUGGCAGGUAUACUCGGAUCAUUGCUUACAGGAAUAUUUGCUAACCAAAGAUAUAAUUCAGAUGGAGGAUGGGUGAAAGGUCAUUGGAUUCAGUUUGGUUACCAAUUAUUAGGUUGUACAGUUACGGCCGCCUACGUUUUUGUUUUGAGUUGUGUCUUUUUAUAUUGCAUCGAUUUGAUACCUGGCUUGCAUUUAAGAAUGGAUGUGACUUUUAAUCAAAGAAUGAGAGAAGAGAAAGAAAAAGCACAAACAGAAUCAACAGAAUCUCCUGGUAGUGUAGACAUGGAAGAACAAUUCGUACCCCAUACCACAAAGGAAAUUACUUAUCUGGAAAAACUUGAAUUAUUGGGCACAGAUUGUUAUGAAUUUAAUGGGGAAUAUUUCAUGGAUUUUAUGGAAUUUAUAAAAGUGAUACGGCCGCAAGACUAUCCAUUUGAUCAGCUAGCAGAAGAGGCUGAGACUCAAUAUGACAGCGUCAAUGCGAUAGGUUCUGAUUAUCAGAUGCACCCAGAAGGAGUACAUCACAUAGCACGAAAAGUUGAAUAA